CCCCGGGCCUCCCUCCGCCCCGCCGCCCCCGGCCGCAAGCUCGGCUGGGGCCAGACUGGCGGAGCCGCUCGGAAGUUUGCGGGAAGCCCGGCGCUGGGGCCAUGUGGGUGUUGUGGCUGCUGCUGGGCUCGGCGGAGAGCCAGCUGUUGCCUGGGAAUAACUUCACAAACGAAUGCAACAUUCCUGGAAACUUCAUGUGCAGCAACGGGCGGUGCAUCCCGGGGGCCUGGCAGUGUGAUGGGCUGCCUGACUGCUUUGAUGACAGCGAUGAGAAGGAAUGUCCAAAAGUCAAAUCCAAGUGUGGAGCCACGUUCUUCCCCUGUGCCAGUGGGAUCCACUGCAUCAUCGGGCGGUUCCGCUGCAAUGGCUUCGAGGAUUGUCCUGAUGGGAGUGAUGAGGAAAACUGCACAGCAAAUCCCUUGCUUUGCUCUACUGCCCGGUUCCACUGUAAAAAUGGCCUUUGCAUUGAUAAAAGCUUUGUGUGUGACAGUCAGAAUAACUGUCAAGACAACAGUGAUGAAGAAAGCUGUGAAAACCCUCAAGAGGCAGGCAGCGGGCAGGAUUACAUCACCUCAGAGAACCAGCUGCUUUACUACCCCAGCAUCACCUAUGCUAUUGUUGGGAGCUCUGUCAUCUUUGUCCUGGUGGUGGCCUUCUUUGCCUUAGUCCUGCACCACCAAAGGAAACGCAACAACCUCAUCACCCUGCCAGUGCACAGGCUGCACCACCCCGUCCUCCUCUCCCGACUGGUGGUCCUCGACCACCCUCACCACUGCAGUGUCACCUACAACGUCAACAAUGGCAUCCAGUACAUGGCCAACCACCCCUACCACAGCUCGGGGGACAUGGACUCUCCACCAUCCUACUCAGAGGCUGUGCUGGAGCAGAGCAGACCACCUUGGUUUGACCUUCCUCCACCACCUUAUUGCUCUGAAUCUGAAUCCCCUGAUCAGCCAGACCUUCCACCUUACCAACCUCCAGCAGGAACCUUGCUCACCAGAGAAGCCCCUGUGGCAGGGGCCAGCAGCUGUACCAGAGACAGCUCUUACAGCUUGGAUGGCCACAGAACUCUUCUGGAGAGGACAGCAGCUGAGAGCAGUUCUCUGGGCAGCCAGACUGCUGAAAGAGAAGUGUGACUGCUCCUGAGCUUCAGCUGGGCAGGAGGGCAUUUCAUCUGCAAGGCUGGAUGGAUGAGUCUGCCUGGGCCUAUAGAUGGCAGGAGAACACAGGAUUAAAUGACAGCUUGCUUUGAAUCCACACCAAGUUAAUAUUUGAAUUAACCAUUGUGGGAUCACCAAAGACAGAGCUGUGAGAGCUAAACCUAGAGUCACAUCAGCUCUCCACAGUAUUACCGUGAGCAAGUUCUGGUUCAGAGUAGCAAGAGGAACAUCAGUGCAGUGUCAAAGAAGAGAUGUGACUUGUUUCCUGGAUUGUUUUACUGUAUAUGGAUGUAUAUAUGUGCACAUAUAAUAUAUACAGACGUUGUUGACCAACAGUGUACUGGAAGGACUCUUGUUCUCAGACUGCCUCCCAUCCUGUUACUCUCUGAGCUGUUCCUGCUCCCUGCCUGCUGUCGUCACUGAAACACGAGUGGCAGUCUUCCUCUUGGAUGUCUGGUGCCCACUACCAUCCCUCUUGGCAGUGAACAAAUUCCAGAAAAUGUCCUAUUUGACCCUUCUUUUCACAAUCUGGUACAUUCUCACCGUUAACAUAAUUUUCAGAGUUUAAGCUUGUGAGGAUACAACUCUUUUAGUAAGCAAGCAAAAGUUUUUUCCCAGAUGCCAAUAUCUGGGCCAAGUGUGCAUGGUUUUUCUCAGGAAUACCACAAAGGUUGUCUUAUCUGACAGAUUUUAAGGCUGAGUACAGAAGCUCCCCAACAAACCAGCACAAGACUUCUUUUCAGGCAUGGCAAAACACCAUAACUCCAGGUGUUCCUUUUUAAAAAACAACAACAACAAAA